CCGCGCCUGGCGGCGGCAGCCCAUUACUGGGGAAUGGAGGGCGAUGCAAGAUGGCGGCCCUGCAUGAGGAGCCGGCGGAGGUGACGGCGGUAAAGCCGGAUCCUGAGGCGGGGACGCCGCCGCAACCCCCCAGUGCUCCUCCAGUUGCCGCCGCCGCCGUUCCCGUCGCUCCCCCGGCCGCGGCGGCGGAAGGAGAGGCGGCGGGGAGCGGUGGGGAUGCGGCGCCCCCGAAGCCCGCCGCACCGGGCCCGGCUGCCUCCCCGGCGACACUGGACCGGCAGACGCUCGUGGCUGUGCUGCAGUUCCUGCGGCGUAGCAACCUCCGCGAGUCCGAGGAGAUCUUGCGCCGCGAAGCGCGCCUACUCGGCGAUGACCUCGGUUCCGCAGUCCUCAGCCCCACUGGCGCCGGGCUUCAGGGAGUCCCGGGUGGCGAUGCGGAUUCCAUCGGCGGAGAGGCGCUGCUCAGCCGGGUUAGCGCCGCUGCCGCGACAGGAGGCAAUGUCGCCACUGUCGCGUCCUCCAGCCCCGCGGUGGCAACGGUUGCCGCCGUUCCGCCAGGGAAAGUUGGAGGAAGUGUUGUUGUGGAAGAUCAGCCAGAUGUGAGUGCAGUAUUGUCUGCCUACAAUCAACAGGGAGACCCGACUCAGUAUGAGGAAUACUACAGUGGAUUAAAACACUUCAUUGAGUGUUCUCUGGACUGUCAUCGAGCGGAAUUGUCUCAGCUGUUUUAUCCUCUCUUUGUGCACAUGUACUUGGAAUUGGUCUACAAUCAGCAUGAGAGUGAAGCAAAAUCUUUUUUUGAAAGAUUUCAUGGGGAUCAGGAGUGCUAUUACCAGGAUGACCUGCGUGUGUUAUCCAGUUUAACGAAAAAAGAACAUAUGAAAGGUAAUGAGACCAUGCUGGAUUUCCGAACAAGCAAGUUUGUGCUGCGAAUUUCCCGUGACUCUUACCAACUCUUGAAGAGGCAUCUUCAGGAAAAGCAGAACAAUCAGAUCUGGAACAUUGUUCAGGAGCAUCUUUACAUUGAUAUCUUUGAUGGAAUGCCUCGCAGUAAACAACAGAUAGAUGCUAUGGUUGGAAGCUUGGCUGGGGAGGCAAAACGAGAGGCUAAUAAAGCAAAGGUUUUCUUUGGCUUAUUGAAGGAACCAGAGUUUGAUGUGCCUUUGGAUGAUGAAGAUGAAGAAGGAGAAAAUGAGGAGGGAAAGCCAAAGAAGAAAAAACCAAAAAAAGACAGUGUAGGGUCAAAAAGUAAAAAACAGGACCCUAAUGCUCCUCCCCAAAACAGAAUUCCUCUACCUGAACUGAAAGACUCUGACAAGCUAGAUAAAGUCAUGAACAUGAAGGAAGCUGCACGGCGUGUGCGUCUUGGCCCAGAGUGUCUGCCCUCCAUCUGUUUCUACACAUUCCUUAAUGCUUACCAGGGUCUGACUGCAGUGGAUAUUACAGAUGACUCUAGCAUGAUUGUAGGAGGCUUUGCUGAUUCUACUGUCAGAGUGUGGUCUGUGACUCCAAAAAAGCUACGUAGCGUGAAAACAGCAGCAGACCUUAGUCUCAUCGACAAAGAAUCAGACGAUGUCUUGGAGAGGAUCAUGGAUGAGAAAACAGCAAGUGAAUUGAAGAUUUUAUAUGGUCACAGUGGACCUGUCUAUGGCACCAGCUUCAGUCCUGAUAGGAACUAUCUCUUGUCCUGUUCUGAGGAUGGCACUGUCAGAUUAUGGAGUCUUCAAACAUUCACAUGUUUGGUGGGAUAUAAAGGACACAACUACCCAGUAUGGGAUACGCAAUUCUCUCCUUACGGUUAUUACUUCGUGUCGGGGGGACAUGACAGAGUGGCUCGUCUGUGGGCAACAGAUCACUACCAGCCUUUACGAAUAUUUGCUGGUCAUCUUGCUGAUGUGACGUGUACCCGAUUCCAUCCAAACUCCAAUUAUGUUGCCACAGGCUCAGCAGACAGGACUAUACGGCUCUGGGAUGUUUUGAGUGGGAAUUGUGUCAGAAUAUUCACUGGACAUAAGGGACCAAUUCAUUCACUGGCAUUUUCUCCUAAUGGACGAUUCCUGGCUACUGGAGCAACAGAUGGAAGAGUUCUGCUGUGGGAUAUUGGACAUGGCUUGAUGGUUGGAGAAUUGAAAGGGCACACCGACACUGUCUAUGCCCUCAGAUUCAGUAGAGAUGGAGAGAUUUUAGCAUCAGGUUCAAUGGAUAACACAGUUCGCCUGUGGGAUGCUGUGAAGGCAUUUGAAGAUUUAGAAACCGAUGACUUUACUACAGCUACUGGACAUAUAAACUUGCCUGAAAACUCACAGGACUUGUUACUAGGUACAUACAUGACCAAAUCAACCCCGGUUGUACACCUCCAUUUUACACGCAGAAACUUGCUGCUGGCUGCAGGAGCCUACAGUUCACAGUGAAUCUGAAACCUGCAAGACUGACUGUGCCAAGUCACUGCAUUCAUGACCUCAGGAUGUGAGAUAAGGAGGAAUGUCUUGUACAGGUGAAUUCCACUAGGAACAAAACUAUAUGAACUAAUGCAAACAGCAUCUCUCAGUUCUGCUGUUUCAUAUUUAUCUACACCUUGAAAAUGCUGAAGAUUGACAAGACAUCGUGGCUGUAAAAGAAGGAAUUGUUUGUGGUGCUUUUGAAAAAAAAAAUAUAUAUACAUGUAUAUGAAAAUAGCUGUCUCAUCUUGGAGAUGAUAUUGAGCUCUGCUGAAACUUGGGGAAAUUUAACAGCCUUAUUAUCUGUUCUCAAAUGAUUUUUUUAAAGCACUUAAUUUAUGGUUAGCAGAUGUUUAAUCUAUCUCAAACACAAGAGAAAACUGUUCAGUUUCAGGAACGAAGAAUGUAGUUUAAUUUGCUAGAGCCUGGGCUGGGCAGCAGGUAUGGUGAGAGUAUCCUAGCAACAAACAGGGCAUUGGAAGAGUAGGUCCUGCAGGCAGAGUCCUGUGGGGGACUGCUGUAAAAUGACGCAUAUGGGGUUUGUGCAUCUGAGUACUAAGUCCUGAGAGGAUUUCAAACUCCUGUACUCUUUUGAGUUACGAGAAACACAGACUUUGUUAUUCUGUUCUUAGAGGUAGCCAGUGCUGUGUGACAAGCAACCAGAAGUGCAAUGUGAACUUAAUUUACCUUCAUACUUUAUU